CUCCUACCUCACUUCAUUCGCGUUCAAUGUUGCCUUUUCGAGAGGCUUGAGGAUAUAAAUCUCUCUUUUGCUCAGCACCCAUAGGGACACCUGCUCCCACCAAUUGAUCUGCGAUGGCACCUUCAAUUGAGUCGGCAGCACGCGCUGCGCUGAGCACCAUGUGCCGGCAAUGCGCUCGAACCACAGCGAAGCGAUGGGCUCCUCGGGUGACAGCAUCGACGACAACCACACGGACAGCACACACGGGAAAGCCUGCAAGGCCAGCACGGCGGGUGGUGGGAACCUCGAGGCCAGAUGCGACCACGCGGUCCUCGUCGAGCUUUGCCACGGCCUUUGGCUUCAAGAACGAGGCCGAGGGCGAUGCCAGCGCCUCCAAGAACCAAGUCCUCACCGAGGACAACCUCUUCCACUCCUACACCGACUCGCCCAUCCCCGAGAUCCGACAGCGCGCCGCCUUCAUGCGCCAGCAUGCCUACUGCCCCUGCCCAGAGCACCGCCCAGCCCGACUCUCCGAGAGCGGCACGCCCCUGCGCCAGGACGCCGAGACGGCGCAGCUGCCGCCGGCGCACGUCAACUUCGAGUGCCCGGACUGCGGCGUGCCCGUAUACUGCAGCAAGGAGCACUGGAUGGCCGACUACGAGGCGCACCUGGAGGUGUGCGACACGCUGAGGCAGAUCAACGAGGACGACCACGACCUGCGGUCCGGCAGGUUCUUCCCCGAGUUCCAGUACGCGGGCCCGCAGCUCGAGGAGGCCAUGGUCAACAUGACCAACUGGGACACCUUCCUGUACACGAGGAACUUCGAGGCCAUCAACUCGGACCGCAGCAUGCGCCAGGCCACGAGGCUGCUCACCUACCCCGUGACCGUCGGCAGCAUCCUGCACGAGCUCAGCCCCCACACCCUGCGCGCCGGCGGCCAGCUGACCCCCGAGGGCCUCAAGAGCUUCAGCGCCCUGCGCUACACCCUGCACCCGCCCAGGACCGGCGGCGGCACCGAGGUCAAGAACCUGCGCCUCGAGGCCCCGCCCGUCCGCCUCUUCGUCCUCGGCGCCCGCGCCGAGUCGUCCCUCCCGCGCGACGCCUGGGCCCAGCUCGCCCACCUCUUCCCGCGCUCCAGCUUCCACCUGGUCUUCAUCGGCCCCGAGGCCAUGGCCAACCGCGACGACGAGUUCCCGCUCCCCGAGAGGACGCCUAGCAACCCCUUCGGCGCCAUCGUCGAGAGGCCAUGGCAGAACAUGAAGAUCAGCACCAUCGUCGACUACUACCACACCAUCCACAAGACCGGCCACUUCUACCCUUACGACCCCUACUUUGACUGUUUCGUGCUCUUCCACCCGGGCCUCGGCCACCCCGCCAGCUCGCACGAGUGGGCCGAGACCAUCCCCAUGCUGCUGGAGACAAAGGCGCCCAUCAUCGUGACCGGCUACACGCAGUACGACAUGGAGAGGGAUAUCGAGUGGGUCAACAAGACCGCCGCUGGCGAGUUCGACCUGUUGCUGAAGCCGGGCGAGAACAUCUUCAGGAGUCUCAGGUGGGAUCUCAACGAUAUGGACCCCCAGGAUGUCACUUGUGGCAACUGGGGGGUCUGGGCCUUCCGUGGAAAGAGAUACGAGACAACGACGAAAGACGUAGAGUAAAACUUGCGUAAUUCACUUCGGCGAGCCAUCGUGGGGGGCCAGCCCAGGGUGGGAAGGUUCGGAAUAUGUACCACUUAUAGUGUAUAUUGCUUGUACAUAAGCCAUGGCAUACAAAUCCCAUAUCACAGCUCGGCGCUGACUGCCUGUUUGG